CUCGUCAGUCGAGAAUGGCGUAAGCUUCCGACCGGGCGGACUUUCCGAUCGGUGUACACGCUAGAACGUUUCUCAUUCUUCGUGAUUCACGAGACACCGGAGGAUCGGUAUCGCGAAACGUGAGUUUACAUCUUCGAGUUGCUCUUCUACGAUCAUUUCCUUCGUUUUCUUUCACUUUUUCAUCGACAAAUGAAAGUUGCCAGUUAAACGUGCUCGAUUUUACCAAGUGCCUCUCUUUCUUACAUUCCGUCAAGUUACACGCGGCUGAUCAAAUACUAGAGCACUUACUUGUUAAAUAAAAAACAGAAAUAGCGUAAUCGUCACAAAGUGGAAGAUUCGUACAGUGACAUAUAGUGUCUGUUAUUUUAACUCUCCGACCAUUUCAGUUUAAAAAGCUGAACCUUUCGCGAAUUCGCGGGAAUGCCGACGAACCUCGUGGCCAAGUUUGAUAAUUAUCAGUGACAGCAACGAGUGUGAAACCGCUGGAAAAUAACUCGUUUCUAUCUGCAAAGAUUGGAAGAAAAUAGAUAAACCGAGUGAUCGUGGACGACCGGUUAAAAUUGAACGCAAGGUCGGCCGUGUUCCUCGAAAGUUAUUUUUUUAAACGGUCGUCGAACUUGUGUAUUUCUCGGCUUCUUCGAUCAUUUUCGUUCGAAGGAACCGCGUCGAGAAAAAUCGAGAUUCCCCACGGUUGAAGAAAAUUGAAAAGAUCGUUGAUGGAAUUGGUUCAAUUUUCGAGCAACAUAGUUUCGAAAGUCGUGAUUUCGUUGCCGCUCGACUUCUUGAAUCUACCUAGGGGAAGGUGGUCGAUCGCUACGAAGGAUUUCUCGCAACCUUGACCCACUGGGAUCAAUUCGUUGUUACGAUUAUAAGACACGUUGGACGAACUAUGUUUCGGAUCGAAGUCUUAUAGAUAUUUUUCGCCGAUGAGAAAAUAUGGUUUUUUUUUAUCUGAACGGUGAAUAGUUCAGCAACAUUUUUAAAGUGUUCCCUCGACGAACAAUGUUUCCGUGCUGUUUGGACACGAUCUUCGUGGUUGUCGAGGUAUAAGUUUAGAACUGAAAAUUUAUGUACGUUUUUGGUUUUAUGGUGACAAAAGGUGAGAACGUCAGAACGUGUGAUUUCUACUAUGCGAAGACAUGAAUUCUGGUGCUCUUCAAGCGUGUGCUCGCAAAGCUCAGUGUGGGAGGGGGUAAGUGAAACUUGGCGACGAGCAGGGAAGGUGUUCUCGGACACCAAAAGCUGGGGCACCCUGACGAGGAGGUCCUGGAGGAGGAGGUGGGUCGUAGGAGAGAGGAAAGAAAGGAGGUGACCAUUCACCCCACAUGGACGCCACCCCCAAAGGACCCCCCGUACCCCCCACACCGGAUAUCCUGUCACCAUUAUUUAGCCGCAGAAUAUCCGACCUGAACGCAAGGGCACCGUUCUUUGUCCUGCAUUGUCCUCAACGUUCUCGUCGAAUAUCGAGACAUCCGACACUUGAUGCUUGUCGUACGAAGGAAACGGCCGCCUACACGUCAUCUUUAUCUUAUACGUGCCUCAAUUUCUCUCGUCUUUUUCGCCGUAAAUUGAAACAAUUGCCGAUUCUCUAUCUUCACAUUGUCGAUAAUAAUAAUCAACUUCUUGAAACACGGAAGUCGAACAUCCGGAGUAAAGAUAAAACGAUAUUAAUUACAAUAUCGAGAAAAUAUACUGGUUCCUGGUGUCCAUUGGCGAGGACCACUGUCGAUUCGCGAACGACAGCUCUAGCUGCGAGAAACAACGUAACAGCGCACGUAACAGUAUCACAAUUGUCAAACGGGAGCAGGAGGUCAUUUUUUACCCUCGUUUUUACACCACGGCGAACGUGCCGUAAAUUUGAUGCAUUUUUUACAAAAUCAGUCGCGAAGCGUCUUCGAGCUGAGGAAGUACUUUUAACAGGCGUCACAUCUCGCGCGAAACAUAUCUACAGACUCCGUCCAAAAGCGCCUAACUCCGAGCUGCAGCCUAACAGACCACACAAACAAUGUCGCGCAGCGCUGCCACGCGUCCUAUGCAAGGUGAAGGACUGCGACGAGGCGGACAAAGUCUCGGUAGCGUGCACUGCGACAAAAUCGGACGCGGAAGAUAGCCGGAAAGGAUCGACGACUGCCGCGUCAGUGUGCAACGAUGACGAGAAUUCUGGUACCCGACGAAAAAAGAAGAAACGUCGAAAAACAAGGAAAAAACUGCAGCUGCAACAAUUGCAGCUGGAAUCUACCGACAGCCAAGUGCAUUCGGUGGUGAAUCUGCCAUCGUCUUCCGACGAAGUCGAGGCGGUUGGCGAAUGUUCGAAAAGAGACUCAUCCAGCAGCUUAGGUGGCACGAGCAGGCAUAACACCCUAAGGGAAUCUUUGCUCACCGUGCUAGGCAAGCUGGUGAUCUGGAAAGGCACUAGGUACCGUUCGUCUACCGCUGCGUCUUCUUCACCCUCCGCACCGCCAAAUUCACCGCCCCCGACCGAGUGCAUAGGACGUAGCACUUCCUUUUUUUCCAGCGAAACGGAGAGGAGAAUUCGCGCCAAUAAUCGCGAGUUCAACUCACAGUUUAAUUAUGCGAACAACUACAUCAAGACGUCCAAGUAUUCGGUUCUGACGUUCCUACCGUUAAAUUUGUUCGAGCAAUUUCAGCGGCUCGCUAACUUUUACUUCCUAUGCCUGCUGGUGCUUCAGAUGAUCCCCGCUAUCUCCUCCUUGACCCCCAUCACCACAGCCAUACCCCUUAUAGGGGUGCUCAUGCUCACUGCCGUCAAAGAUGCCUACGACGAUUUUCAACGGCACAGCAGUGACUCGCAAGUGAACAAUCGAAAAUCUCAAACGUUGCGAGGUACUAGUCUUCGUGAAGAGAAAUGGUCGCAAGUGCAAGUAGGCGAUGUAAUUAGAAUGGAAAACGAUCAAUUUGUCGCAGCCGACGUGCUUCUUUUAUCUACUAGUGAGCCAAAUGGUCUUUGUUAUAUCGAAACCGCAGAAUUAGAUGGGGAGACGAAUUUGAAGUGUCGGCAGUGUUUACCUGAAACUGCCGAAAUGAUGGAUAGUCAUGAAUUGAUUGGUCAAUUUGACGGAGAAAUUGUUUGCGAAACUCCUAAUAAUUUGUUGAAUAAAUUUGAUGGUACUCUUACGUGGAAAGGACGAAAAUACCCAUUGGACAACGACAAGAUUAUAUUACGAGGUUGCGUGCUCCGAAAUACGCAAUGGUGCUAUGGCGUGGUCAUCUUUGCAGGCAAGGAUACCAAAUUAAUGCAAAACUCAGGGAAGACCAAAUUUAAGAGGACUUCUAUAGAUAGGCUGCUGAAUCUUCUCAUCAUCGGGAUAGUGUUCUUUUUACUUUCUAUGUGUUUGUUCUGUAUGAUCGGCUGUGGUAUUUGGGAAAGUCUUGUAGGCCGUUAUUUUCAAGUGUAUCUACCCUGGGACUCGUUGGUGCCUAGCGAGCCUAUGGCAGGUGCCACAGUGAUCGCUCUGCUUGUGUUCUUUUCUUAUGCUAUCGUAUUGAACACAGUGGUGCCAAUCAGUUUAUACGUGAGUGUCGAAGUUAUCAGAUUCGUUCAAUCGUUUUUGAUCAACUGGGAUGAAGAGAUGUAUUAUGCACCUACGAACACACACGCUAAAGCAAGGACUACUACAUUAAACGAGGAGUUGGGACAAAUAGAAUAUAUAUUUUCCGAUAAAACCGGAACAUUAACACAGAAUAUCAUGACUUUUAACAAGUGUUCUGUGGCAGGAAAAUGUUAUGGGGACAUUAUCGACGAUGUUACCGGGGAAGUCGUCGAUGUAAGUGAGACGAACAAAGCUGCCCGAACACCUACGAUGCGAUGGAAAAAUGGACAAGAAUUUGUUCAAGUUUAUACACCUAUAAGUGGUCCAAACGUACGUCUACUGGAACAGGUGGAUAGGAUAUCCAAUAUAAUUGGAGAGCCAGGCCCAAUUGGCAGUCCGAUGGUUCCACAUAAACUUUCUACAUUCCCAGCAUUGGAUUUCUCCUUCAACAAGGAUUACGAACCGGAAUUCAAGUUCUAUGAUUCUGCAUUACUCGAUGCUGUAAGAGGGAAUAACGAAGAUGUUCAUAGUUUCUUUCGAUUGUUGGCACUUUGUCAUACUGUUAUGCCGGAAGAAAAAAACGGCAAACUAGAAUAUCAAGCACAGUCACCGGAUGAGGCUGCCCUUGUAUCUGCCGCUAGAAACUUUGGUUUUGUAUUCAAAGAGAGAUCUCCAAAUAGUAUAACAAUUGAAGUUAUGGGAAAACGUGAAAUAUACGAGCUACUUUGCAUUUUGGACUUUAAUAAUGUUAGGAAAAGAAUGUCUGUAAUUUUGAGGAAGGACGGACAUCUUAGGCUAUAUUGCAAAGGAGCGGACAAUGUUAUUUAUGAACGAUUAAAAAAAGGCAGUGAGGAUAUCACGUCAAAAACAUUGGAACAUCUUAAUAAAUUUGCGGGUGAGGGCUUAAGAACAUUGUGCCUUUCGGUCAGAGAUCUAGAUGAACAAUUUUUCAAUGAUUGGAAGCAACGUCAUCAAGAAGCUGCCAUGAGUCAAGAAAAUAGGGAUGAUAAAUUGGAUGCGAUUUAUGAAGAAAUAGAAAAGGAUAUGACAUUAUUAGGCGCUACUGCCAUUGAAGAUAAGUUGCAAGAUGGUGUACCUCAAACUAUUGCUAAUUUAGCUCUGGCUGGUAUUAAAAUAUGGGUAUUAACUGGUGACAAACAAGAAACAGCUAUCAAUAUUGGCUAUUCCUGCCAGUUGCUGACAGAUGAUCUUACAGAUGUUUUUAUAGUAGAUUCCACUACUUAUGACGGUGUUGAAAAUCAGUUAUCGCGAUACUUGGAAACUAUCAAAACAACUUCUGGUCAUCAAAAUCGGCCAACUCUCUCCGUUGUCACAUUCAGGUGGGACAAGGAAAGCAGCGAUACUGAAUACAAUCCUAGCAGAGAUGAACAAGAUGAGCAUGAGAUGGAACAAGCAACAGGAUUCGCGGUGGUUAUUAAUGGGCAUUCCUUAGUUCAUGCAUUACAUCCGCAACUUGAGCAACUUUUCCUCGAUGUAUCAAGCCAAUGUAAAGCUGUGAUAUGUUGUCGCGUAACUCCUUUACAAAAAGCAAUGGUAGUCGAAUUAAUAAAGAAAAAUAAAAAUGCUGUGACUCUCGCAAUUGGUGAUGGAGCAAACGAUGUUUCAAUGAUAAAAACAGCUCAUAUAGGUGUUGGCAUCAGUGGGCAAGAGGGAUUACAAGCUGUACUAGCAUCCGACUAUUCCAUAGGACAGUUUAGAUUUUUGGAAAGAUUACUUCUCGUUCAUGGGAGAUGGUCAUACUAUAGAAUGAGCAAAUUUCUUAGAUAUUUUUUUUAUAAGAAUUUUGCGUUUACAUUAUGUCACAUCUGGUUUGCCUUUUUCUGUGGAUUUAGCGCACAGACUGUAUUUGAUCCUAUGUAUAUUUCUGUCUACAACCUCUUUUAUACGUCAUUACCUGUAAUGGCAGUCGGUAUAUUUGAUCAAGAUGUUAAUGAUAAAAAUAGUUUAAUGUACCCAAAACUUUAUGCACCCGGAUUACAAAAUUUACUUUUUAAUAAAAAGGAAUUUUGCUGGAGUGCUAUACAUGGAUUUUUUGCUAGCUGUGUAUUAUUUUUAGUUCCAUAUGGAACGUAUAAGGAUGGAGUAUCACCAAAGGGCUAUGUACUUUCUGAUCAUAUGUUACUAGGAAGUGUUGUAGCUACUAUAUUAGUCAUAGUCGUGACUGUCCAAAUAGCCCUUGAUACAUCAUAUUGGACAAUUGUUAAUCAUAUUAUGGUUUGGGGCUCGCUCAUUUGGUAUUUUAUUUUAGAUUAUUUCUAUAACUUUGUCAUAGGUGGUAGUUAUGUUGGCAGUCUUACAAUGGCAAUGUCGGAAGCGACAUUUUGGUUCACGGCAGUUAUUUCGUGUAUCAUAUUAGUAAUACCUGUACUGUCAUGGAGAUUCUUCUUCAUAGAUGUAAGACCAACAUUGUCUGACAGAGUUAGACUUAAGCAAAGAUUGGCACAACUUCGCUCUCGCCAAAGUCAAGAUAUACUUCGUACACCAUCUACAAGACGAACACGACGAUCUCUUCGUUCAGGAUACGCUUUCGCGCAUCAAGAAGGUUUUGGCAAACUCAUUACGUCUGGAAAAAUUAUGCGAAAAUUACCGAAUGGUGCAGAUUUUAAGUUCGCCAUGCCGUUUACGAACAAUACCAGCAAACAAGUCAAUGUUGCAACUACAUCACCAAAGGACAAUGCAUCCAAAAAUUCGCACACAUUGGAUACUAUUAAUCUAUAAUUUGGACAUUAUAUUGUAAGUCUUUUUACCAUCUAUUAAAUUUCAGAUGAAUGAUUUGUGAAGCCGUAGCAACAUUAAUAUAAACAAAAAUUAACAUUCUUUUGCAAAUUAAUUUUUUAUUUCAACACAAAUCGAAUUUUCUAAAUACUAUAUUAGAUCAUGAUGUUUCAUUAUAUUUGCAUUAUGUUCUUGUUACAUGUAAGACACAAAAAUUAUAUGUACUUGUAUGCAUUGCAAUAACUAAAAAAUAUCUGCUAGCUUAUUAGAUUCAACCUUUCUGUAUCAAUGCUUCAAAAAUUUAAGUAAUCGAAUUUCAUAUGACAAUAAAGUAUUAAUUGUUUGCAUAAGAAAGUUUACAUACUAGUAUCUACUAAAAAAUACUAUUUCUUUUUUCGCCAGAAACUAUUGUUAGUUAAAGAUUAUUUUAAUACAUUGCAUUUUUUAUAUGAUCAAUAAUUAUUCUAGACUCUUAAGAAAAAUUUUAUACUGUGGAUAGAUUAAUUAUAUUUUUAAAUAUAUAUUUGUUAAUUUUACUACUUACAUAUUUUUAUAUAUAUAGUUCCUCAACAGCAGAACUUUAGAAUGAUUUUUCUUAAAUCAAAAUGAAAUUAAGUAGCAAUUAGUUUAUAAAUCUGAUCAUUUUUGUACGUGUAAAAAUUAUAUUUUAAAUAAGUUACUUCAAUCUGAUACAUGAGGUUUAUGUUAUAAAGAGUCUAGAAUAAAAAGGAUCUCAAAUUCAAAGAAUUCUUCAAGCCAUUGACAAUGACUUCUGAAAAAUUCUCAAAUAGUACACAUGAAGAAAAAUGCACAGGUUGAUUUAUGAUUAUACAUUUUUUGCUUAUUAUGUGAAAAAAGAAAAAAGAGUCAAAUUUCUUGAAAGCCAUUGUAUGAUAGGAACUGCUAUUAUCUACUUGCUAUCUAUAUUAAUUGUUUAGCCAUUCAUUGAAAUUAAUCAAUUUACUGUUAUUUGCUAAUUUGUUACUGUGAAUAGAAAUGUUAAUUUAACAAAGUCAUGAUAAUGACAAAUCAACAUCAUCCAGCACGUUUAUAUUUGAAAUAUUUUUAAAGAUAUACUUCAAAAUCUAACGUAAUCACAAGAAUGUAGAAUUCUUGUAAAAAUGGAGAUGUUCUUCUAAACAUAAACAAAAUAUUUUUUAUUUAAAAAUUAACAUCAAAAUACAACGCAAUAAUAAGAUAAAUUAUGAUUUGUAUGAUCAUGACACUCCCUGUGUACAUAUGUGUAAAGGUGUCAAAGUCAUGUAAUAUCCCUACUUGUAUUAUAUACUGUCCUAGUAUGAACAUAAAACAUGUUUACACAAUACAUGUAAUAUGUUAAGGAUUAUAGUUAUGAUAAUAAUUGCCUUUAUAAAAUAUGAAUACACAAGAAACAAUUAAAAUUACUAUAUCAUAACAGUGACUGUAAAUAUUUUAAAAAGAGAUAUAUAUAUUUAUAUAU